AUCUUUCAAUUACCUCAACAAAUUAUUCUUUUGCCCAAAAAGAAUAAUGCUUUAGUGUUGAAGAUAGGAAAUUUUAAUGCACGUCUAUAAGACCGGCAAUGUUGUAGAAAAUUGAAUGCUAGGCAGUAAGGAACCAUCAACAAAAUGAGAAUGUUACGUCGUGGUCACAAAAGACAAAAUAGGAUUAGCAAUGGAAGCAUUAGAGAAAUAGUUAAAGUAGCACUUACUGUAAAGAAGAUGGCAGAAUUUCAUCUUAGAUGAUUUAGGCAUGUGUAAAGGAAACCUGUAGAAACACCACCAAUAAGGAGAGGAGUCUAGAUGGAAGAUAGUCCACUAGUUAGAGGUAGAGGAAGAUCAAGAAUAACUAUAGGUCAAACCAUUAAGAGGGAUUUGGAAUUAAAUGGCAUGUCAUUAGACAUUUCAUCAUUCAUGAUAGGAUGUUAUGGCGUCUUUGAUCUAUGCAGCCGACCUCACCUCUUGAAAAGAAGGUUUUGGUUGUUGUAUCGGGCUCAAUAAUGUAAGAGGACAAGGUUUGUUUUGGUGGAUAAGAUAAGAUAUGUGAUCGAAAACUUCCUUUUCACUAUGUCUCUGAUUUUACUAAAUUCCAAAAUUAAUAGAUGUGCAAGAAAAUUUAAUUUUAAAAGCAUGAUCUAUCAAGAAAUUUUACUUUCCUUUCUAAGAUUUUGCUCGUUUUGUCGAAUUAUGUGCUUGUUCCCUCGUACGCUACCACAUAUGCAUGUAAUUUUUGUGUGAUCAUCUGCAUUGGGUUUGAAAUCACUGCUAUGAAAGUGAUAAAUAUGCCUUUCUUCAUCAAACUUAUUACUUUUGUGCAUGUGGUGUCAACCAAGUUACUAGAGUAACAAAAAAAAGGAUUUUGGAAUUCGGAUAUAUUUGAUUUAUUGUGUCAAUGUUAGUUGCUGACUGGAUUGUAUACCUUAGUCAUAUUGCCUUCUGUUUCUAUCUCAGUUGCUACAUUUCAUGCAAAGAAUGUUUACUUGGAUAUUAGUGCGAUAGUCUUUUCCUUUUCUUUUCCUAUCCCUGUUUUGUUCUCACUUGUUGCUAUAUUGUACUACAUGUCAGAUAUGUGGAAGUGUUAUUGUCAAACAACCACUUAAUCCCAAAAGCUUAAGCUGUUGGGUAAGGGCCACUUUAAUGGUUUUAUAUUAUAUUCUAACACGCCCCCUCACGCAAGAGCCCUUUGGGCUUGAAGCGUGGAUAAAUGCACAGGCCCACCUACCAUGUGCUUAAUUAAAUUCCACUAUUUUAAUUAGAAAGUGAGGGGAGCAAGGAUCGAACUCUAGACCUCUCGGUCAUAGAGGCUCUGAUACCAUAUUAGAAAUUUGGAGGCCUAUACUCAACCACAAAAGCUAGCUCAAGAGUUAAGGUUUGCACUAUCCUUAUAAAGGCUAUCUAUGCUCUAUCUCUAGCCAAUGUGGGACUUCUAACAAUAUUAGAAAUUUGGAGGCCUAUACUCAACCACAAAAGCUAGCUCAAGAGUUAAGGUUUGCACUAUCCUUAUAAAGGCUAUCUAUGCUCUAUCUCUAGCCAAUGUGGGACUUCUAACACACCCCCUCACGUCCAGGACUGAACAACCUGGAACGUGGGAUCAACAACAACGGGUGGCCCAAUAAUGGGAGGUCUCCACAACAAACAACAAAUGGAUCUAGGAUAGGCUCUGAUACCAUGUCAAACAACCACUUAAUCCCAAAAGCUUAAGCUGUUGGGUAAGGGCCACUUUAAUGGUUUUAUAUUAUAUUCUAACAGUUAUAUUGUGGUGGCCAGUUUUAGUGCAGUUGGAGGGUGGUCAAAGAAGACUAUUUUGGAUGGGCAUUACGGUGUUGUAUGAUCCAUGUAGCCGACUCUACCAAGUGGGAAAAGAGGGAGCUAUAUUAUGCUUUUAACGAAAAAUGACAAACUGGGUUCUAAAAGGAUUCUUGCAUGGACAUCUGUUUUGAAUGUUUGAUGAGGGUAACUGACAGACAGUUUCUAUCUCUACUCGUUCUGCUCAUUUUGUGUGCUUUUGUUGCUGUCAAUGCAUUUGGGCCUUAAGUUAAGGAAACUUCUCCCUUUACGUUUGUCUCUGAAAAUGACAUGUGUGUUAAUUUACAAAUUUUAGGGGCUAAUUUAAUAAAAAUUCAUGCUGAAUCCAGGGUAACCGACAGAAAAUUUCUAUCUCUACUCAUUCUGCUCAUCUAUUUUAGAGCUUUUGUUGUCUCUGUGCAUUUGGGUUUUAAAUCUGGAAUCAAAGGUACCACUUCUCAUGCAAAAUAGACUCGUCCAACUGAAGCGCUAAUCUUCCUUUUAGUUUUGCUUCUCUACGGAGCUACAUUCCUGCUUUUUAUAAACAAUGGCUAUGCCUAUUCUGAAAGGACUCUUGCAAGAAUACCUGAUUUCAUUGCUUGAGGAGGGGGUAGUUAAUAGUCAGUUUAAUGCAAUCUUGUGUCCGAUAAACAACAGGGACCGAGCUCGAGAUCAUGCCGUGCAGCUAAUAGAAACUUAUUUGGCCGAUGUUGAUAUGAUCCUUUCUGAACUUUCUCUCCAUGUUGAUAAUUCACAAGUUGACCUCUAUAUGUUGGCUACCCUAGCUCAUGAAAUACAGGAUAAGAGCACCAGCAUUGGUGCAGAGCAUAUGACUGUUGCAUGUUUUGAUGUCAUUAAAGCUUGUGAGGAGCGGCGCAAAAAAAGAUUUUCUCAAACCCUGACCUGGCUUAAACAUGAGUUUGAUAACACCAAGAACAAGUUGAGCUCCCUUGUUCAGAUGGAGAAGAGGAUCGUCAGACUUGAGGAGAGUUCACAACCACCUAACUAGGGUCCAUGUGCUGUUGACUCCUCCUUUUGCCGGAUCUGAUAAAUUCUGCUUUCCAAUGUGUUUGUUUCGAAAUUCUAAGUAGUUGCUGCACAUGUAUCUCGUUUGCCUUUAAAAAGGAUGCUCCUAGAAACAUCAUGCCUUUUUUAGUUCUCUGUUUUCCUUGGAUGCGCUUUUGCCAACUUUCAGAUUUUAUAAUACUUCUCCAUUGGCCGACUCUAUUGAUAAUUUACUUGAGGUUCGUCUA